CGGCUCGUCUCUACAUAACCAGUUCGUCGUGUCUCCUCGUUUCCUAUCACUGCAACCAGUUACAGCAGCUUCAAAUUUCCAGCUCCUCUCACUUCUCCUCCAGCUCUUCGUCACCAGUGAAUCUGUCUGAGAUAGAUCCGCUCACCGAUCAAUUCUAGAGACGGCCGUCGAGUACCCGAUCCAAGACUUUCAGCAGCUCUUGUGUGUUUCACCUCUUUCCAAUGGCCAGUUACAAUGACGUUUUCGGCGACGACGAUUGUCCUUCGUGGCUCACAGCCGGUAAAGAAGAUGACUGCCAAAGUUGUCAAUUUUCCCUCGUGAUGGGGGUUCCAGUCAGCUUUGUGCGCACUUCGGAAGAAUUUGGUCAUCUGCAAGGGGGAUAUGUCUCCUUCGAGGCUUGCAUGAAAUCGGGGUUGCACUCGGCCUCCGAGAGUGGCUAGAGUAACGGAAGCGAUGCAUAAUGUUCAUAACUUCGAGUUCUCCGAUCUUCGUAAAGCUUGUGCUGGACAGGGAGUGGCCGACGACAAGGAUUCUCUACAAUGUCAUCGGCGAUGCAAUCCAUGAGCGAAACUUGCAUAACAUUUCACGUUCGCUGUGAGGUGUUUCAACUGCUGACGCAGAACAGCAGGACAAAUCUGCAUUCGUUUCCGUGAGAAGAUCUGCCCAUGCUCCGAGUGCUCCAUUGCGUCAAACUACAAACUCAGAGCAUGAAAUCGAGAGGGGUUCCGAAUGAUUCGGAUCAAACCGGCACACGGGCUUACACGUUUGUAUCUCUAAAAUUCCGCGUUUACAGUAUGACCACCAGUCGACCAGAUUUCUGAUCGUGCUAGCAGAUAUUUUCAGAGUGAUACAUACAACAUCUGAAGGGACAAUACGAGGAUUGUACCGACAAUAGACCCGGCAAAUUGAUGAAUGUAGCAAGAUAGGUUGAUAAAUCAACAAUGUAGCAUGCUGGGACUUGCAGUUGGUACAUGAAGAAAAGCAGCUCUAAGUGCCGGAAGACCGUGAAACCGUGCGUGCUGCAUCUGGAGUGUUUACUCUGUGCCGAAUGGGUACAAUAUUCCCGAAUCGUGACAAAAGAAUGACAUUUCUCGCUUUAUCAAAGUACGAGAAUAUGAUUAAAUUGUCAUUUAGAGCGACUCGUAGCCAGCACGCUCAAAUGAAUUAUAAAUGUCAAGAACCCUGGUGCUCGGCUGUGCACUGAGAGCUUUCAAUUACAAUUUUCUCAUCAAAGGAAAAGAUUGUUCACCUGGAUAAUUGGAACUCUUCUAUAUCGAUAUUAUUCUUGCUUCUUGGUGUACGAGUGUCUUUGUUGUUCCAAUUAAAGCAUCUCCAUAACAAAUGCUGUUUGAAACACACAGG